CUCGAAAUGGUACUUUACUCUCACAAUUAACUUCAUUCUAAAUUUUUAUAAUUUAGCAAAAUGUGUUAUUGAAAUUUGUUGAAUUUAGCAUCUCAUGUGGUAACAGUUCAAGCUUCUAUAUCUUCAUACAUUAUAAUUAGCUAUAUUAUUAUUAUUCAUGUUGAUGGACGUUGAGAGCCAAAGGAGAGACUUUCGAGGAGAUGAGGCUUUGCAAUUUUGGCACCACAAGCUGCAGCUAAUUAUUUUUGCUGAAUGGUGCCGAUGAGGCUUUGAUUAGUGCUUUUCUGGUGUUACUGAGAGCCAAAGGAGGGACUUUCGAGGAAGCUGUAGGUUCUCUACUGAAGAAUUUUUGGGGGUAUGUUUCAAGGAAAUAAGUAAAGAAAUGACUUAUGGAUUUUAGUGGUUAAACAAAUUGUGGGGCUUGCGAGGGCGAUGAUCAAGCAUAGUUUAGAAGUAGAGGGCUUACUUGAUGCAGUGGACAUUGUUGGAACAGGUGGUGAUGGAGCAAACACAGUUAACAUUUCGACUGGAGCUUCAAUACUUGCUGCAGCUUGUGGUGCCAAAAUUGCAAAGGUUUUGAAUAUGGCUAAAGCAUUGCAGCAAUUUGGCAUGAAACAAGCAUUAGUUGUUUACUCAGAGGGCUUGGAUGAGAUGAGCCCCCUUGGUUCAUAUGGGGCGCAAUUGAAGCAUAGAGAGGAAAUCUAUGUCAUGACUCAUGAUUGUCCAAUACAUAAUUUGGGGCAAAGUGAAAUAUAUACAAAUAUAUAAUGGUAUGUAAUCUUCAUUCUUGUAUUUUCUUUGAUUAGAUUGUGAUUUUAUUUAUUUAUUUCUGGACUUGGUCACCUCUAUUUUUCUUUUUGAAGUUCUUCUGUUGAAUUUAUUUACUAUAAUCAUUUCUUUUUUGGUAUAGGCUGCUUUUAGAAUCUUAAUCAUGCAGUUUGCUAACUGUAAUUCUAUGAGAAACGUAUAUGUUUUAGGUUUUACCUCGUGUCUUGGGAUAUCAAUACCUCAAAAUUUUAUCAUUUUUCCAAUAGAAAAUAAAUUUAGCAGGUAGCUUUUGACUUUUAGUAUCAUUUGUUUCCCUGUAAUAAAUUUUGAUGUAUA